AUACAUUCAUCGCGACAUAAAGCCGGCGAACUUUUCGAUCGGCGUUCCGCCGGCCUAUAGGGAUCUGUAUAUCUUGGAUUUUGGAAUGGCAAGGCAAUUCGUUGGCAGCAGGGGUGGUGCCCGACCAGUGCGGAAGAGGGCAGGGUUUCGGGGAACCCCAAGAUAUGCUUCCGUUGAAGCGUUAAGGAUGAAUGAACAAGGACGAAGAGACGAUCUUUACUCUUGGUUCUUUAUGGUAGUGGAAUUUACGACAGGAGCACUCCCGUGGCCAGAGCAAAGAUACCAGAGGCAGCAACAGAUUCUGCUUGGCAGCAGCCCGGAGGAGUACAAGGCGAUUUUAAAACACAUUCAGUCACUGGAUUUGAUCGAAGAGCCGAAUUACAACUUUCUUUUCCAGUGUCUCAUGGGCUGUGCCAGACGCAACCGCUUGCCUGAU